UGUUGUACUCUUGUGUCAAUAAACUUUUCUAUUUGUAUUUGUCAAAACUCACCAGCGCGUGGUUUACACAUCCACUUGUUGUAAAGUAGAAAAAUGUCUAUUAAUGUCAUACCUGUCAAAUCCAAACCCGAUGGUUAUUUCCUUAAUGUUUCUUAUUAGUAUCCUAAUUCACCCAUUGUUAUUUUAUUUAGACCAAAUGUGUGAUGCAGUUUAAAUAAAUCUAUAUUCCUUGUCAAAAAUUAUAUUAUAAAAUUAUUUUCUGUUAUAUUUUUUAAGGAAAUUAAUCACAUUUUGAGCUCAUUUUAGGUUUAAACAUCGUAUAUUUGGAGCUUAAAUAUAUAUAUGCAUUUUCUUUACUAUUUAUUGGAAUAUAUAUUUUGAAUUUUUGGUGCUACUGUAAGAGAAUUUUAAGACAACAUUAAAAGAGGAAGUAAAAAAAGGAGAAAGAAUUCAAGGGAGUUUGGCGGUCAAGCACAAUAACCUAGACAAACCGUUAGCUUCCAAUGGUUGUGUGCAGCGGACAAACAUGACCACUGUCUCCUAAAGCAAACAAAGAAGAAUUCCAAGAAGUUUGGCGCUCAAAUUCACCGGAUGAGGCAAACCCGCUUUCCCCCCAGUGGCUCGCCAUAGCAGUCUGAGGAGACGGUUGGACUACAGUGAACCGCUGGAUCAAGAAUUUGAAGACAAGCAAAUUUUGAGGAGAUUUGGUGGUUUAAUCUAGGUUGGGGUAACCACCAAAAUCCUAGAGGUUUAGUGUAGUGGUUUGUUCUUUUCUAAGGACAAUAAUUAUAAAUGUUUACACAUCCACUUGUUGUAAAGUAGAAAAAUGUCUAUUAAUGUCAUACCUGUCAAAUUCAAACCCGAUGGUUAUUUCCUUAAUGUUUCUUAUUAGUAUCCUAAUUCACCCAUUGUUAUUUUAUUUAGACCAAAUGUGUGAUGUAGUUUAAAUAAAUCUAUAUUCCUUGUCAAAAAUUAUAUUCUAAAAUUAUUUUCUGUUAUAUGUUUUAAGGAAAUUAAUCACAUUUUGAGCUCAUUUUAGGUUUAAACAUCGUAUCUUCGGAGCUUAAAUAUAUAUAUGAAUUUUCCUUACUAUUUAUUGGAAUAUAUAUUUUGAUUUUUUGGUGCUACUGUAAGAGAAUUUUAAGACAACAUUAAAAGAGGAAGUAAAACAAGGAGACAGAACUCAAGGGAGUUUGGCGGUCAAGCACAAUAACCUAGACAAACCGUUAGCUUCCAACGGUUGUGUGCAGCGGACAAACAUGACCACUGUCUCCUAAAGCAAACAAAGAAGAAUUCCAAGAAGUUUGGCGCUCAAAUUCACCGGAUGAGGCAAACCCGCUUUCCUCCCAGUGGCUCGCCAUAGCAGUCUGAGGAGACAGUUGGACUACAGUGAACCGCUGGAUCAAGAAUUUGAAGACAAGCAAAUUUUGAGGAGAUUUGGUGGUUUAAUCUAGGUUGGGAUAACCACCAAAAUCCUGGAGGUUUAGUGUAGUGGUUUGUUCUUUUCUAAGGACAAUAAUUAUAAAUGUUUACACAUCCACUUGUUGUAAAGUAGAAAAAUGUCUAUUAAUGUCAUACCUGUCAAAUCCAAACCCGAUGGUUAUUUCCUUAAUGUUUCUUAUUAGUAUCCUAAUUCACCCAUUGUUAUUUUAUUUAGAUCAAAUGUGUGAUGUAGUUUAAAUAAAUCUAUAUUCCUUGUCAAAAAUUAUAUUCUAAAAUUAUUUUCUGUUAUAUUUUUAAGGAAAUUAAUCACAUUUUGAGCUCAUUUUAGGUUUAAACAUCGUAUCUUCGGAGCUUAAAUAUAUAUAUGAAUUUUCCUUACUAUUUAUUGGAAUAUAUAUUUUGAAUUUUUGGUGCUACUGUAAGAGAAUUUUAAGACAACAUUAAAAGAGGAAGUAAAACAAGGAGAAAGAAUUCAAGGGAGUUUGGCGGUCAAGCACAAUAACCUAGACAAACCGUUAGCUUCCAAUGGUUGUGUGCAGCGGACAAACAUGACCACUGUCUCCUAAAGCAAACAAAGAAGAAUUCCAAGAAGUUUGGCGCUCAAAUUCACCGGAUGAGGCAAACCCGCUUUCCCCCCAGUGGCUCGCCAUAGCAGUCUGAGGAGACAGUUGGACUACAGUGAACCGCUGGAUCAAGAAUUUGAAGACAAGCAAAUUUUGAGGAGAUUUGGUGGUUUAAUCUAGGUUGGGGUAACCACCAAAAUCCUAGAGGUUUAGUGUAGUGGUUUGUUCUUUUCUAAGGACAAUAAUUAUAAAUGUUCUCUGUUCCCAUUGCCAUUGGCUGUUUGGGAAAUAUGGUUAUUCUUCUUGGUUCUAGAGUUUUUAUGGUGGUUGUUAGAUAUUUGUUAUUAAACCUUGGACAUUAACAAUUGAAAAUCAUUAAUUAACUCUCAUUACUUGCCUGCAAGUUCCAGCAAUGUCAUUGUUGAAUCAUUAGUGCACAAAAAUACAAAUAUAGAUCUUAAUCUAAGGUAAACAGAUUAUACUAUCAAUCUAAAAGUGAAUAGAUUAAAAUAGUUACUAAAGCAAGAUAAACACUAAUCAAUAGCUCACACGACACUAAAUUAAGCAUGUAGACAAAGAAACUGUAGACAGUGAACUCUAAACUCAAACAAAUGAUUAAGAAAUAAGCUUUUGAGUAUAGAUAUAUUGCAUUUUCAAGUUUAAUCUAUGAUGCUACCAUAAUUAAUAAUUCACAUUCUUUUAGCAUAGGAUCACUAAUCAUCUAAAAGAAGAAUUCAUAUGUGUACUUUAUUAUCGAUAUUAUUCACAUUAUUUCUUUUAACUUUUAUUUUAUUUUGCACUAAGUUAUUAAAGAUUAAUGCUGUAUAUUUAUUAUGUCAAUGAUAAUUCACAGAUCUAUGAAUUUUACAAUGUUAUUUUUAUUACUAGGGUGAGUCCGCGCUUCGUACAGGAUUUUGACGUAGUUAAGUGUUCAGAUCAUACAUUUUGUUUUAAGUUUCAAAAGAUCCGUUAUCUAUUUUUAUGAAAAAUUAUUGAUAUGUAAUUCCUUUUAUAUAACAUGUUAUAGUAUUGAGAGCUGAAGUAGGUGUGGAUGACUAAAUUACAUAAUUACACAGUUUUUAUUUUUUGAAUAAAAUAGUUAUUAUUUUUAUUUAGAAGAUGCAUUUCCUUUGUUUUAUUUGAGAUCACCCACUAUCAUAUGUUUUCGUUGUAGACUUUUGUGUAUUGCGGUUAGUCAGAACUUUGUAAUUAUUUGCUUAAAUAUAAAAGUUCAAGAAACGAUAUUACCAUGUCAUUUUGAUUCUUUAAAAGUGUGUCCAUACUUGGUGAUAGUCUUAUAGAUAUUUUUAUUAUUAUUUAUUAGAUAGUUUACUUUUUAAAAAGAAAAUGUUUAGAGUAUGUAUUUUCACUGCUUGUGCUUUUCCAUCAAUUUCAUAUCAAUUUGUAAAGUUUGAAAUAUUUUUGAGAAUAUAUUUUUUUCCUUUGAAAAUAAUAUGACAAAUGUAUUUUCUUCCGUUUUUGUUGUUACGAUUAUAGAUAUUUUGGAAGUUUAUAUAUAUUUUAGACUAGAUUAUGCAUUUCACUUAAUUAUUGUUUGUUGACUUAUUUUCGAAAUUAUAUUAUGUAUUUUCAAUAAUUUUUUAUUUUUAUAUCUUUUAAACUACUUUUUAUAAAAAUAUUUGUUUUGAUUGUUUUUUUUUUGCUGCAAAAAAAAAGAACAACCGAAACAAAUAUUUUUUUUUGAUUGUUUAUUAAUCAUUCGUUAUGGUUUCCAUUUUUAUUUUUUUUCUUGUUAAUUUAUUUAACUUGAGCUUAGUGACAAAAAAAGGCGCAAAAUUCAUUAAAAUCACUUCAAAAACAAUAUUGUAAUUAGAUUUUUCUCUUUUGUUCUAAAAUUUUUUCUAUUUAUCCUGGAAAUUUUGUAUUUAAGUAUGAAAACUUGAAUAGUAUGUAACUUGGCAACAUUUCAUCACUUGGUGUAGUAAGUCUCCUUAACAAAACCUAUGUCUUCACUAUCACUUUUGUUAUAUAUGUCUAACGAUCAUUUGUUCAAAAAAAAAAAAAAAUGUCUAACGAUCUAGGACUCAUAAAAGCUCAAGGGAAUCCGAGAAAAGAAGAAAGCCCCAUUUGUAUUUUCUUAAAGUUACUGAAGAGCAAGGGAUUGAUAUAUGAUUUUGUGACAUCUAAUUGUUUUAUAUAAUUGUGUGACAUCUACAAGAAAAAGAUGUGGAGAUGAGAUGAGACUUUGUAUAAUAUCCGUAUGUAACUUGUGGCCCAUUACGGGCUGUGGUGUUUCUGGAAAAAAAUGUGUUGCGGGUUAAUGGCCUGUCUUAGUCCCAUUUUGAGCAGUUACCUUUUCAUCACGAAAUCGUUGAUGUGGAGACUUACGGGAUGUCGUAAAGUUUAUAACAUGCAGAGAGUCAACAGAGUUACUAAUAAAGUUCCUCAUGGUAUAUUAAGAAACAAAUUGAGAAUAGGGACUUGGUGAUGUCAUCAUCAUGUACAUGCACAUAAAAUUCCUUACACUGUGCCAAGGAAAACCAAAACAUAACUCCUUCACUCGCAAGAAACAAAAAGGUCAAUUUAAGAAAACGUAGAUUACUAUUUAUCUAAAUCUUUAUGCAUUAUAUUGAAGCGGCUAGGUCAAAUGCUACAUCUUUUCAAAGACACUAUUAAAUUAUUAAACCUGAAUCAAUAAAGUUACAAAUUUGAUAUAUACAAACCUUAGCAUCUUGAAUGUUGAUGGAGUCUGAGAUCUCUCUUUGAAUCUGCACAGCACCAGCAUUCCUCACGAUCUGAAGUUCAUAUCAUGGAUCAUCUUCGCAGACCACCCUCUUAUAUUAGCACCACUUACGAUAAUGAUCGACUUCUGCCCGCUCAGUUGCAACAUCUCCUCCGUCACAAACUUCACGUACCCUUCAAAUCCAUCCCCAAACACACCUUCUAUCAGCUUCCCGUGUGCUUACGAACCCGCCUUGAGACGACACCAUUCUACUGGAAAACAUUCCAAAUGUUAUUUGGAUUUGUGAAGAUGAUGUUUGAGGUUUGUAGACUAACCUUUUAUAGCAAAGAUGCACCGCCUUGAAGAGGGGGAAAAUGCAUUGUGUGUGUAUCAUGGUCGUAGGGCGAAGGAGUUAAGAAAGUAGUUAAUGAGAGACACCAAGACUUCUCGAUCUAGAAAACUAUCAUCACGAUUCGUCUAGAAUAGCUCUCUCCAAACUCCACUGUUGAAGAUGAAUGAGAAGUCGAUGAGAAACAUAAAUAUUAUUUCUUUUAAAACAUAAUUUAAACAAUACAAAAAAUUCAAAAAAAUAAAAAUAUUUUAAUAUAUCUAUAUAUUUUCUCAAAUGAUUACAUAAUUCCUAUAUGUUGCUCUCACGUUAACUCUCACGAUGAUUGAUUACACUGAUACCCUUAAUGAAUUAAUUUACAUUUAAAAUACUAUUAUUUAUUAUUUUAUUUAGUUUCUUUUUAAAAAAAUUCCGAAAAAUAUACACAUAUAAUAAAAAGGAAAAUUUUUAUAAAGUUAAAAAAAAAAGAAUUGAAAAACGAAAAUAUAUGUAUAUAUAAGGGGAAAUUUUACUUUUACACUUUGUUGGAUACCACUUUUCAAUUUUACCAUUAGUCUAAGGACAUUUUCAGAAAUACCACUUUCAUUAAUGAGCAAAAGGCACUAAUACCCUUACCUUAUCUUCUUCUCCACCAUCGGUUUCUCUCCUUCUCCCCGAGUCACCAUCGUCUCUCUCUCUCACCGUCGUCUCUCUCUCUCACCAUCGAUUUCCGGCGUCUCUCUCACCAUCUAGUUUCGGCGUCUCUCUCACCGUCUAGUUCCGUCGACUUUCUCUCACCGUCGACUUCUGGCGACGAAAUCGAUUCAAAAUCUCCAAGAUGUCAACUCCUAUACGUGAUUCACAACUUGAAACCUCUUCUGCAGAUCCGUUAUGUCUACGUAGGGACUCAACAAGGGCUCCGACAAUUACUGAAGUGUUGGAGGUGGAGAAGAAAAAUAAUGGUGUGGUUACUACAAUGUUUGGAUUCUCUGAGGAAUUCAAACAUUUGGUGAACCCAACACAUCCUGAUGAUAAGAACUUUGACAGUGUUGUACAACUAGUUCAACAAGGAUACAAAGUGAAGAAAAGCGAUUGGGAACAAGGAUUUGUGGAUGUUUUCUUACAACAGAAGACAUUGGUCGACAAAGCAGGACAGAAGACAAAGAUGUACAGCAAAACCUCUAAGGAGCAAACACAAGAUGAAGAAGAAGAACAAGUGGAAGCUGGUGCUGAAUUCGGCGACGGUGAUAAAGAAAGAGAAACAUCAAAAAUCAAUGAAGGGCAGACACUUGAGGAAGGAGAAGAAGAACAAAUGGAAGCUGAUACAGAAGUUGAGGAGCCCGUGCAAAUUGAAAGGCAGAAUGAAGAAGAGGAAAUAAGCCAUCAUAAUACUGUUUAGGAACAAAAGCAUAAGAAGAAUAAAGAGAAAAGAAAAGAUGAAGCGUUUCUUUUUCUUGUAAAAUGAUGAUUAAUAUUUCAUAAAUAAUGUGUGUUUUUCUAGAUAAGUUAUCAAUUGGUUAAUGUUAUGAAAUAAUCAGGAAAUGUCUGUUCUUCUUCCUAGAAUCAUCCUCUUGAUGGCUCAUGUGAUGAAGAUCAAGAUAUGUUUUGUUUUCAUGUUAAAAGGAAGCAUGUGAAGAACAUUGGACAUAUAGUACAACAGGGUUGCAACAGAGAGCCUAACAGAUAAGUUAUUUGGGACUUUUAUCUUCAUUACGGAUAAGAUCUUAUUGUAACAAAACAGAACAAAUCCACAUGUUGUUUCCUUUCCAAGCCAUCCAAAACACAACAAAACAGCAGGGACGCUCACUUCACUUCACUGUGGUUUCUUAUACUAUGAUGGAAAACCAACAAUCUCAACUUAAAUGCAAUAGCUAAUUCUUUCUAGAGGUUUCCACACUUGUCUCUAGUCCUGUCUCACGUACCUAUGAUUACAAAAGUGGAUAUCUCUUUGGUAAUAUUAAAAAGCAAAAAGUAAUUCAAAAAUCAGUAAUAAUAGUUAACAAACUAUUUCAAAGUCUAUAAAUCUAUUUAUAAAAGUCUAUAAAGCCAGUUACAAAAGUUUAUAAGAGUUUAUAAAAUCUUUUAUAAAUAUACAAAUGAUUUUAUAAGAGUUCAUAAAUCAUUUUAAAAGGUUAAUUAAUAAGAACUUAUAAAGAGAUUAUAAACCUUUUAUAAAGGUUUAUAAAUAUUUGUAGAAGUUUAUAUAGGUUUCUAAAAUGUUAAUUAAGGGUCUAUAACAAAGAUUUAUAAAAAACAAUUAUAAAGAUAUAAUUUAUAAAAGUUUAUAAAGAUUUAUAAAAAAAAUUAUUCAUAAUUUAUAAACCAUUUAUAAAGGGUUAUAAAAAAAUAUAAAGGCUUUAUAAGAAUUUAUAAAAGGUAUAUAAACGGUUUAGAGGCACUUCUAGAGCUGUUAGAAAAAUAUAUAUUCUGCUAGAAAAAUAUCAGAAGGGUUAUAAAUCGGUGUAUAACACUUAUAGAACUAAAAUUAGUUAAUAAAAAUAAUAUAUUAUCUUAAAACCCCAAAAAUCACCUUAAAAACCAUAAAUCAGUUUAUAAGACCUUAUAAAUCAAUUUAUAAAAUUUUAUAAGUAUAUAUAAACUGAUAUGUCUUUUGUAAGAAUUUAGAAGGUUUUGUGUAUCAUUUAUAAACUCCUAUAAACAAAUGUGCCCAUUAAUAUAAGUUUAUAAUUAUUUAAGUGUUUGUAAAUUGGUUAAGAACAAAUAAUUUAUAGAAACUAUAAAAGAAUAUAUUUUAAAAUUAGUUUAUAAUUUUUUCAAAAAAAAUCAUAAUUGGUAUAUCAGCUAUUUAUUUAUAAGAAUUUAUAAAUAAUCAUUAUAAGAGUUUUUUAUAUAUCAUUUAUAAAAGUCUUUAUUUCAUUUAUAAAAUUAUUUAAACAAAUUAUAAGGUUUAUAAGGGUGUAUAAGUCAUUUAUAAGUGUUUAUAAAUGGUUUAUAAAUAAUUGGACAUGUGUAUGCAUCAAUCUUGUACCCUGAAUUGAUGAUUAGCAAUUGCUUUAUGUGGUUUUGUAGAACAAUAGUUGAUUAUGCGAAAUCAUAAAUGAGUCAUUUUGAUAGUAAAUCCCGAUUAUUAAUUUUAAGUAUUCAUAAAUGGUUUAUAAAUUAAUUUCUAAGGGUUUAUAAAUUAACUUAUAAGGGAUUUGUAAACUGAUUUAUCAGAGUUUAUAAACUGGUUUUUGAUUAUAAAGGUUUAUAACUUAAUUUAUAAGAGUUUAUGAACUGGUUUGAACAAUAGUUGAUUAUGCGAAAUCAUAAAUGAGUCAUUUUGAUAGUAAAUCCCUAUUAUUAAUUUUAAGUAUUCAUAAGUGGUUUAUAAAUGAAUUUUUAAGGUUUUAUAAAUUAACUUAUAAGGGAUUAUAAACUGAUUUAUCAGAGUUUAUAAACUGGUUUUGGAUUAUAAAGGUUUAUAACUUAAUUUAUAAGAGUUUCUGAACUGGUUUGUAAGGACUUCUAAGUUAAUUUAUUAUAAAUAAUAAUAAGUUGAUUUAUAGAAUAGAGUUUUAUAAGGGCUUAUAAAAUAUUUAUACAGGCUUAUAAUAAGUUGUCUUUAUCAACAUCACACAGCUCUCCCUUCACAAAUAUUCAAACUUCAUAGACAAAUAAAUAUUUAGCAGGAUCAUGUUUACUUUUGGUAAAAUUUUUUGACCUUCUGCCAUUCAUCUGUGAUCUCCGCCAAAAUCACCUGUACACUAGCAACUUUGCAAACAGCUAUAAUCUCUUGUAUAUUAUCUAGUAUCUCCCAUCCACGUUCAACUGCAAGAUCACCUCUAACUAUCAUAACUCCUAAAGUAUUUGAACACUUCAUCUCCAAAGAAGAGGUUCAUGUACAUAUCUUGCAUUACUCUAAGAAAUGAUCUACUGCUGCGUCUUUUUAUGGAAAACAGUUGUUUCCAAUUUUGAUGAGGCUUCAUGUUCUGCAGGAAAACAAAGCAUAUCUCAAUUAGAUACUCUCUAAUGUCAGGAAGUCAAAAAAUCUACAAACCAGACGGAUACACGUGCCCAUUCCAAGAUUAGGCUCUGAGGCAUCAGCAUCUGAAGUCAAUAUUCCACACUCCAAAGCAAUAGCCCUGGCAGUUUGGACGUUGUCACCAGUAACCAUACGAACCUGAACAUCAACAAACAUCAUGCAGCGUUAUUAGCAGGCUAAGAAAGAUAAUUUGUGCAAUGGGCCUUUUUGGUUAAAUCGAACAAAAGAAGCACUUUGACACCAGCAUUCUGAAUCCACAUUUGAAAAUAAUUUGAUAAGAAACACUACAAAAAUACUGCAGCCCAUGAUAUAUGGGUUAUUGUUCUGAAAUUAAACAAAUACGAUGUAUACAUUUGACUAAUGUUAAGAUAAAAGUAAAAAUGAACAUAAAUAAACAAAACUAAUUCUCACCUUUAUGCCUACUAUAGAUCGUAAAAUAUGGUCGUUCUCUGGGAGAACCCAGUCUGAGAGUUCUUAGCCUGUUGGGACCUUUUCAAGCUCAUAGGUUCUGAAGGCCAGUGCCACACAUCGUAAGGUUCUUCCAGCCAUCUCUUCGAUACCAUUUUUGAAAAUUGUGCCUGGAAAUAUCAAAGUAAUUCAUUGGCAAAGUGUCAUGAAAACCUAAGGUUGAGUUGCAGAAUCAUACAAAACAAUAAGAUCUGGUGGCUAUAGUCACCGAUGAGCCGAUCAGGAUCGGGAUCGUGGGAUUGGAUUACGUCGCGUUAUGGAUUUUCACGGAGGACGCGUUGCCGAAGUACAAGGUGACAGUGGAGGAGGGGAUGAGGCUGGCGAAGGAGUACAGUCCCAUUCCGAGAAUACAUAACACUAUGUUCCUCAUAAAUAAAAAUUUAUAAGGUUUUAUAAAUCUGAGAUUUGAAAACUUCAUGAAAAAAACUUCGUCUCCUUCCCAGAAACCGAUCGAUUUUGAGAAACCAAGCAGAAAUUACAGAAAAGAAACGAAAAUCAUUAUCUAUUAUCCUCUGACCUUUGUUACGUUCGUUAAGAUAGAUUGUUCUAUUCGUUGAGCUUGUAGUCUUCGCCAAAUCUCGUCGAACGUCAACAUCUCCUGAAUAAUCAAAUCUCACCGGGGAAAUCGCCGAAGUCGUCGAAUCUCUCGCCGAAGUCGUUGAAUCUCUCGCCGGAAUCGUCGAAUCUCUCGCCGGAAUCGUUGAAUCUCUCACCGGAUUCGUCUAAUCUCUCGCCGGAAUCGUCGAAUCUCUCGCCGGAAUCGUCGAAUCUCUCGCCGGAAUCGUCGAAUCUCUCGCCGGAAUCGUCGAGUCUCUCGCCGGAAUCGUCGAUCAAUUUGGGGAUUUUGAAUUUGAAAUUUUUUGUUGGAAAAAGCAUAUGUUUAUGUUUGAUUAAAUAAGGGUAUCAUGGUACUUUAGCCAUUAAAAUUUUAAUGGUAAAGUUGAAAAGUGUAAAGUUGAAAAGUAGUAUUAGGAAAUUGGUAUUAGUGGCAAUUCCCCUUAUAUAAUAUUAUUUUUAAAUACAAUCAUAAUUUUUUUACCGCUUAUUUUUAAGAGAUAUUAACAAAAAAGUAAAAAUAAAUUUACUUUAGAAAUAUAUUUACCGACUGCAAAUCAUGAUUACAUUUAAUUUUAUUUUUAGUUUGUGAAUAAAUAUUUAUCAAUUACACGAAUAAAAUAUUAAUCAACUGUUACAAUUUAGUUAUUUUGUAAAAUUUAUAUAUAUGCGUGAGACUUCAGAAUAUAUCGUUUCGUUAUAUUAAUUUAUAUAAUUUGGAAUUAGACACUUUAGUUUAUUAUUUAUUUCAUUCUAAGCACAAUAUAUCAUAAGUUAUACAUAAUCUUUAUAAAAUAUAUUUACAUAUGUAAGACAAUAACCACUUAAAUGCAAAUAAGAAAUUAAUCAAAAUUUUAAUAUAUAGAAUAAAAAAUAUUACAGUUGAAUUCAUAUAUGCAAUCUAAUUUACCCAAAUGAUAAAUAAAUCGACUAAAAACAAUAAAACCGAUUAGAUAUAACAUAUAUAAAAUCAUAUAUAUAAUUAAAGUAAUAUAAUAUUAUUAAUAUAAAUGAUGCAUAUAAAUUAUAAUUAAUUUAAAAUUAAACGUCAGUAGUAAUCAAUUAUUAUAAUAUAUUUACUUUAGAAAUAUUUAUACCCGUGCAUGAGCACGGAAAAUCACCUAAUAUAUAUAUAUAUGUACAUACAAAUGUCCCGUUGUGAUCAUACGAAAAAAACGUCACAUUGAUAAUAGGCAAUGUUACUCAACAAUAUUAAUUUCGUUGACGAAGGUUUUGGUUGACUCUCUAUAACGAGAUUGUUUUUCUUAUAUAAAUAAUUUUUAUUUUAUCAGAUGCACAUGUGACGUUCAUAGUAGACAAUAUUUAUUGUAUAUAUGUUGCUAAUUGUAGAUGAAACUGAAAGUUGGUAUCUUAUCAUAGUCGAUUAAAGUGAAAAAAACAAAAAACUCUCGUAAUUAUAGAAAUAAAUAACAAUUCAUUCAUUCGAGUGGCAUCAUACAAAUCGUGUGAUUGUAAGAGGUAGAACUCAGUCACACUUUUUUCGCCGCAAAUACGAAGUCUUAGUUAGCUCCCCACUCCUCUCUUUUAUUAAUCAGCUAACCAAAAACUUUUUAUAUAUAUAAGAAGUCACCUUUCAUUCAGUAUCCAUAUCCCUCCCUUCUACCCAAACACCACAGUCUUAACGCUUAUUUUACAGAGAAACAAGUAUCAAAGAAGAGCAAAAAAAGUAUCCACAACAAUGUAUAUUUCACCGUCUGUAUCAGUACGCCUCCUUUUGGUCCCUAUCUUGGCCGUGGUGGCCAUACAACUUCUAUUUGUACGCGCUGUUUCGUCAGUGAAUAUGACAAAUCCGUACCUACACCAUAAAUGCUUUGUCACUCUAGGGAAAUACAAACCGGGAAGUCAGUAUGAGAAAAACCUAAAACGUAUCAUCAGUGAAUUCCCUAAAGGAAGUUUUAAGAGAGGUUUCAUCUCUAUGACCCUUGGUGAAAGUCCUGAUUUCAUAGUCAUGCUCUUUCAAUGCCGCGGAGACACCCACGGGCCCAAAUGCCGUUCUUGCUAUGCUACCGCCAAACCCGAGUUUUUUAAGAGAUGUCCAAGACACAAAGGUGGAAUAAUAUGGUACGACCAAUGUUCUUUAUAUUUUUCUACGAUCGAUUCUUUAGGCAUGAUCGACUACGACAACAAUUUCUGUAUGUCCAAUGCAACGAAAAUAACCGACGAUCUAUAUAACAAAGUCAAACCGCGGCAUUUCAUCGACGAUAUGAUACAAAAUGCCACUCGUGAUGCUAACCGAGAAGCGCCGUACUACACGGCGGAGGAGAAGAGGGUGGGGAAGGAAACGAUAUAUGGAAUGGCUGAGUGCUCCUUUGACAUGACGCAAAAAAACUGUAGGAAGUGUUUAGAACGAAAUAAUUUCUAUUUUGCGAGAUGUUUUUGGGAUAAACUAGGAGCCAGAGUUUUAGGUAAAAGCUGUAGUUUUAGGUAUGAGUUUUAUCCUUUCAUUUUACCUAAGGCGGGUCCUAAAUAUUUGAAGCCUUAAAAAGCAAUUUAUGAAUUUAUAGAAAAAGUAUUCGGAUCUUUUCUUUAUGCAAAUUUUAAAUUUUAUUUUAUAUUGAUAUCUUUUUAUUUAGACAAAAAUGUAAGAUGAAGUUUGAAUUAAUCUAUACUCCUCGUUAUAGACUAUAUUCUAUGAAGUUAUUUUAAA